AUGGCAUCCGCUCCUGCGGCGGUUCCCCGCGUGAAGCUGGGCUCCCAGGGAAUGGAGGUCUCGGCGCAGGGCCUCGGCUGCAUGGGCAUGUCCGCCUUCUACGGCGCGCCCAAGCCCGAGCCCGACAUGGUCGCGCUCAUCCGUCACGCCGUCGCCGCCGGAGUCACCUUUCUCGACACCUCCGACAUGUACGGGCCGCACACCAACGAGAUGCUGCUCGGCAAGGCGUUGCAAGGCGACAUGAGGGAGAAGGUGGAUCUGGCCACCAAGUUCGGCAUCUCGUUCGCAGACAACAAGUGGAACAUCCGGGGGGAUCCAGCGUACGUGCGCGCGGCUUGCGAGGGCAGCCUCAAGCGGCUGGGUGUCGACUGUAUUGAUCUCUACUACCAGCACCGCAUCGACAAAAAUGUGCCCAUCGAGGUCACGAUUGGCGAACUCAAGAAGCUAGUCGAAGAAGGAAAGAUAAAAUACAUCGGACUAUCUGAAGCAUCUGCAUCAACAAUCAGAAGGGCUCAUGCUGUCCAUCCUAUUACUGCAGUUCAGCUGGAGUGGUCAUUAUGGUCUAGAGAUGUGGAAGAAGACAUAAUUCCAACUUGCAGAGAACUUGGAAUCGGAAUCGUACCUUACAGCCCACUUGGUAGAGGAUUUUUCUCUGGUGGAGCAAAACUGAUCGACUCGCUAUCAGAUCAGGACUACCGCAAGCAUAUGCCCAGAUUCCAGCCAGAAAAUCUUGAGAAGAAUACCCUGAUAUUUGAGCGUGUUAACGCAAUGGCAACAAGAAAAGGGUGCACACCAUCACAACUUGCAUUGGCCUGGGUUCAUCAUCAGGGGAGCGAUGUUUGUCCCAUACCUGGCACAACAAAAAUCGAGAAUUUCAACCAGAAUGUGGGAGCACUAUUUGUGAGGCUCACACCAGAGGAGAUGGCCGAACUCGAGUCGUAUGCCACUGCCGGUGAUGUCCAGGGUGAGCGGUACUCUGAAAUGGCGAGUACUUGGAAGUAUUCUGAGACCCCUCCAUUGUCAUCCUUGAAAGCUGCGUAG